CGCCGACACACGUACACACACACACACAGAGACACAGAGACACAAAAACUCGUGUGUGUGCUGGUUUCUUCUCAACUAAAACGGAAUAAAGUGUCACGGUAACAUGGAUCUGGACUCCAUGAAGUACGCAGAGCUGCAGAGCCUCGCCAAGGAGCUCGGGAUUAAAGCGAACGUGAAGGCUGAUAAACUCCUCAAGGCGAUCAAGCAGCAUUAUGAACAAGAAAAGGACAAACAGGAGGAGGUGAAGGAGGACAAACAGGAGGAGGUGAAGGAGGUCAAACAGGAGGAGGAGGUGAAGGAGGACAAACAGGAGGAGGAGGAGGCACAGGAGAAGGACUCUGUUGCUGUCCAAGAAGACAACAAUGAGACACCAGACAGUGCUCGGCCAAAUGAAGAAGUUUCCAGCCCGGCUGUGUUUGUGAACACGCGUCGAGGAAAAGGGAACGGUACCAAGAGAAAGAUCUCUGAUACUGCGACUGAGUGUGACGGCAAGUUACCUCCAAGUGCUGCAGAGGUUGCCCCCGCCUCGAAUAAGAAGAGAAAAGUGUCUUCUGCCAAGGAUGCUGGCCAAAGUGAAGCCGAGCAUCCCGAGGAGCUCCUCCAGCAGCCUGACACGAAGGAUGAUACAGAAAAAGCGCCAAAGGUGGCCAGAGCUGGUAGAAUCCCUCGUUACCAAGGAGUCCAGCUGAAGAGCAAGCUGCAGCUGAAGCCCGUCACACCCAACUUUAAAAAACUGCACGAGGCUCAUUUCAACAAGAUGGAGUCGAUUGAUUCCUACGUCCAGAGGAAGACGAAGCAGAGCGAGACGCACAGGGCGUCAGUUAAAGAUCUGAAGAACCUUUUAGAUAAAACUAAACAGCAGCAACCUGAUGCCAAAGCUAAAGUGAAUCCGAUCCGUGCUUCCAUGUUCAGCCCGGCCCAGGUGAAUAAGAAAGCAGCCGAGGAGAAACGCAGACAAACUCUGCUGUCGGCCAGCAAGGCUCCUCCGAAAAAACCCGCCGUGAAGGAAGACGCUCCGUUCAGACCGUCUGUCCUUUCCACCCGCAGGAUCAAUGUUCGCUUCUCAGAAGCCACUCAUGACAAUGAGUACAAGAAGUCCUUGGUGAAGACGCCAGCACGCAUGUCGCCCUGCGUGGCCUCGAGCACCCCGCAAAAACCGACCACCGACGGAGGAAAGCCCAACAACGUCAAGACUGCCCCUUUCUCUGCCACAAAAACUCCAGGAACGUUCGUUUUCACCGGCAACACGAGCACGACAACAACCCCCGGAACACAGAAGUCAGCCUUUGACCUGAAGGCGAGUCUGGCUCGUCCUCUCACCUACAAGCCUCAUGCAGGUAAACUGAAGCCGUUCGGAGAAGCUAAAGAAAACACGGCAGGGAACAAGUCGCUGAUCUCUGCAAACUCUCAUCAGAAAAACUACAAACAGCCCAAAGUCCAGACACGGGAGGACAGGAGGGCAAAACACACGGAAGGCAGGAAGCAGAAGAAAGAGAGCGCGCUCGGGACGAGGAGAGGCCUCGUCAUGAUGUAGGAGCGUCGUGCUUUUUGUAGAUGUUUUGUACAGCUUCUUGUUCCAGUGUAAAUAUUUUGUUGUCUGCAGCUGAUGCGUUCCUUUCUACGGUCUUUUAGCCUCCUGUCAGGAAACAUUUUCUGCUCCUAUCCAACCCACGUAAUGUUUUUAGACUUUACUCAUGCGAUAGUUAAAGUAACACUUCAUAGAUCUGAACGAUGCAUUCAUGUAUUUAGAUGUGUAGAGAAGCGAUUGCCUGUGUUGCUGCAUUUUGAAUGGUGAUUUUGUUCUUAAAGGUUUGAUAUGAUCAAUGUUUUUACUUUUUUUGGGAAA